CCCAUUUCUAAAACACGUAUUUAUGCAUUUUUUUUUUUUAAAAACGCAUAAGGUAGGCAAUUACUUUUUCAAUCAAUUUGAUUAACAUAAUUAGAUAUAUUCUCAGGCAAGACAAGACGUUGUAUGGCAUUCAUCCUUGAGGAUCAAAAGGUCACUUUUCCCUGAUAAGAACCAAUGGUAAUAUUUAUUUAUAGUGAUUUCGUGUGGUCAUUUGCGUGUUUAAUUUGACAAAGUUCAUCUAAUAACGAAUCCAUAUAAUGCACUAGAACGAUAGUAAAUAUGUUGAACUUUUUCAUGAAUUUGGGACUAUUUAGUGUCAUCUUAUUGUCUUUGCCGUUAGUGUUUUUUAUAUUUGUCGUUCUAAAAUUAUACAGACGAGUAUGGACGAAUAUUCUGUCAAUGUUGCAUCCAGAUGUGGAAUUUGUCAAGUACGAUACCGUCCGAUCGUUGUUAGAUACACACAGAAAUCAGGGGAUUAUUUCUGUUCUACUUUGUGUCAAAGGGCAGGCGCAACCUGAUGCUGUUCGGAGGCAUUUACAGGAAAUUGUCCGAAGAAGAGAUAAAACUGGAAAUCUAGCUUUUGUGAGAUUACAACAUUGUUUAUUAACUAAAUGUGGAACAUACGCUUGGCGAAAUACAAAAUUUGAUUUAGAUCAACAUUUAACGGUGGUUCCAUUUACAUACAAGGGCAGAGCUGUAACAGAUUACAAUAUACAGGAGUACGUGAACGAAAUCAUGUCUAAAUAUAUGCCAACUAAUAUGCCACCUUGGCAGAUUACUAUUAUACCAACUUCAGAAGAUCAGCAUUACAUUUUAUUCAAGCUACAUCAUUUGCUACUUUCCGAAGGACUAAAUAUCGGUGAUCUCUUACCUUUAAUUCCACCAACAAGGCCAGCACUAGGGUCCUUCAUAUCAACAAGUCCUUUAGUGGAAGUUUUCAAGAAACCAGAAGUUUUACCACAACUAAAAGAACGUCUGACAGAAGAAUUAUCCAAUCGCUGGAAUGAAUUUGUGGCAAAUAAUGACCCGUUAGAAAGACCGGAAUUACUUAAAUCAGCACCAACAUUUUCCCAAUUUAUUGCUUUCGUAAUAAUCACCUUUGUUUCGUUGGUAAAAGAUUGCAGAAAGGGUUUUAGGGUUAUAAAAAAUGAUGCCUAUUCAAAAGUAAAGUACAUGCUACAAGCAACUAUUAGAGAAACUGACAAAAGACAAGUCACGGUCAAAAAUUUCUUCUUAUCGAUAUUAAAGUCUUUGGAUCCAAGGAAUUUAGCUUUGGAUGUUAUACAAACUAUUUAUUACAUAUUUAUUCAAUUGCCUGUUAGGUUGCCAAUUGCUGUGUUUAUCGAAAUUCGAGCUUUUUUGUCUUGUCUUUCUUUAGGUUAUUGUCCUUAUCCCAAUACCUUUGUGGGAAUUAUAUAUACUUUUGUACCUCUUAUGUAUAACUCUCUAAAAGAAGUCAUGUAUAUUUUAUCAAUACUAUUCAGAGCUCCUAAAACCAUCAUCCAGGAUAUCCUGCUGCAAGAUGAAUCGUUCCAAACUUUUACUCUUUGCGGACGAAAAGCAGUAGCCUGGUCCGAAGCAGUAAAAAUCGACCAUAUUAAAGCAAUAGCCAGGCAAGCGGGUGUAUCGCAAACAGAAAUAAUGUUGUCUGCAGUCUCUAUGUGCCUUUCGAAAUACUUCGUUCAAAGUAACCACUACAUUCCAGAUGAUUUGCCCAUUACAAUACGAAACAUUUCAUCAAACUAUAUUUUCGCAACUGGUCCAAAUAUAAAGCCGGAAGAUGCCGUUAGUGGAAUAUUAUGCUUGAAUUUAAGCGUACCUGAUCCAGAAAAAGGAAUAUCUCACAUGGAAAACCUCCUGGAAAUCCGUAGAAAAUUUAAUGCUUCUUUGGAAAAACAGGGACUGUCCCAUCUGAUGACAAUGCUGAACACAAAAUUCGGAUUUUUGACAAAAUUAUUUCCCGCUCCCAUUUUAAGUAUUUAUUUGAAAUAUUUAUCUAGGAAAUAUGCGAUAAGCGUUGCCGAAAUCACUAGCAGAUAUCCAAAUGUGACCCAGAGGACUUUAUGGGGACAAGAAGUGAGUAGUGUUAUCUACUUGAGACCUCCUCAAGCAAAUACUUGUAUAUCUCUAUGCUUAAAUGAAUAUUCAGACCAUGUAAAAUUGGGUGUAAUGUGUGACAGUCAGUUGGUACCCCAUCAUACGCACCUGGUCAGAAGUUUUUCAGAAAACAUAAAAGAUUUGGAAGAAGUUACCAAAGAAGGUUUACCCUCAAGAGAAUGACACGAUAUUAAAUCAUCACGAACAUAUUUAUUGGUCUCUUUUUUUCUUUUUUUUUUCUAUGUUGAUAAUUUAUAUUUUAACGAAAC